AUGCGAAUCACAAGGAAGACAAACAGAAAAGAACUGAAAGACACAUAUUACGGCAAAUUUCUAAGUUUUGAACCAGAAACUACUUUUACAUUAACCUUAAAUGCUGACGGUAUUCAGAAGAACAAGGCCAAUUCGACUACUGGUUUAUGGCCUAUUGUGUUAGUUCUGAAUGAACUUCCAUAUCCGCAAAAAUGUUAUAUCGAAAAUGUUCUUCUUGCUGGAAUUGUUCGUGCAAAGAAAAGUCCUAACAACAACGUUAUUCAAGCAUCCCUAAAUCUUGUUGUUGAUGAAUUAUUAGAACUGGAAGCUGGUGUUUCCUUUUAUACUAAAGACACAAACAAUACCAAAAAGUUAAAUAUGUAA